AUGACGAGCAGGGGCCAGAGUCUGGCACCGGGCGGGUAUGCAGGUCCCAGCAAAGGGACGACGCCUGUCCCCGAGGGCGGCACGGCGAAAGAAGAGCAAGCGCCGCCUGUGUUCGUCCAUCCGAUGACGAGCUUCGAUGCCCAAAGGGGGAGAGUCAGAACGGCCAGACGAGGCAUCUUCAACAAAGACUUACCCGCUAUGAUGUACGGGUUCGGUGACGAUGCUCACCCUGCCAACGAUACUGUCAAUGUGCUCGAGGACAUCCUCGUCGACUAUAUCGCCGAUGUCUGCGUCGCAGCCCAUCGAGUAUCAAAGAACAAGGGGAAACUGCAAGUGGACAACUUGCGAUUCGCACUGAGGAAGCCACAACAGGCCAAGCAGCUCGCAAGAGUGGAAGAGCUGCUCGUCAUGCAGACCGUCAUCUCGCAGGCCAAGGGCAAUGCCGAGGGACUCCAGACUUAUGCCGAGGAAGAGGAUAAGAUUGCUCAGCAGCAACAGCAGGCCGAAGCCCUCGCGCGACUCACCAAACGCACCGGAAGAUAG